UGGUCGGAUACUCGGGGGUGUUAGACUCCGUCCAGCUGCCGUUGGCAUUUAAACACUUAAUGCCCGACACAAACAAUUUCUAUAAUGCAGACAAGUGAUAUUUUCGCGUGACAUCUACAUCGUAAAUCUCGCAAAUCGACCGGAUGGCAGAUUAUACAGGCGGCAGCACGAAGGCCGAUCACCUCUGCGUGUUGGUCCACGGGUUAUGGGGCAACCCGAACCAUAUGGCGUCCGUCGCCAAAGCAUUGCGCGCACAGUACCCUCCCGAACAGGUCUACAUCCUCGUCGCGAAACGCAACAGCGGGUCGUUCACCUACGACGGCAUCGAGCUUGGGGGCGAGCGCGUGUGCCUCGAGAUUGAGGAGGAGUUAGAGAAGAUCAAGAGCGCAGGGGGCAGCAUCAAGAAGCUCAGCAUUGCGGGAUACUCACUCGGAGGGCUGGUCGCGAGAUAUGCCGUUGGGCUGCUGUUCGCGAGGGGCGUGUUGGACAAUCUCGAGUGCAUGAAUUUCACGGCCUUCGCAAGCCCAUUCCUCGGCGUACGAACACCGCUGCGCGGAUGGGCCAACCAGAUCUGGAACGUCCUGGGCGCGAGGACGCUGUGCAUGUCCGGGCGCCAACUCUUCGGGAUUGACCGAUUCCGCGACACCGGAAAACCGUUGCUCGCCGUGCUCGCUGACCCCAACUCCAUCUUCAUGUCCGGACUCGCCCGCUUCAAGCGCCACACGCUGUACACCAACAUCGUCAACGACCGCAGCGCCGUCUACUACACCACCGGCAUCGCCAAGACCGACCCCUACACGGACAUGUCCAAAGUCACGGUGCGCUACCUCCAGGGCUUCGAGGACGUCAUCCUGGACCCGCUCGACCCGGUAUCCCCCCGCCCGGCACAGACGACCCCAACGGAACCCGCCGAGCCCCUGCGGGCCUCGGUCGAGAAAUGGGCCAAGCGCAUCCCCUUCGCGCUCGCCCUCACCCUCUUCAUCCCGCUCGGCGUCGUCGCCUUCCUCGUCAACUCGGCCGUCCAGACCGUCCGCUCCGCCCGCCGCGUCAAGCUGCACGAGAGCGGCCUCGCGGGAAUCAACGUGCAGGAUUUCCGCGUGAACCUCUGGAUCAAGGAGAUCCGCUCGGCGGUUGAGAACACGUACGAGAAUCUGAAUAGUUCCCAGAAUCAGGAGUACCUCCUCGACUAUGAUGAUGACGACGAUGACGACGAUGGCGAGGAGAGUGGUGGGGAAGGGACAGGAUUGGUAAAGGCCGCUGCUGCUGCUGCUGCUGCUGCUGAUGGGCGCAGUACCGGUGAUGGGGAUCGUCGUGAGGCCUCGCACAAAUCCGGCAGGGAGAUCCUCUCGCUGGAGAGGAAACAGUCGCGCCAGCAGGAGGGCGGGUUCCCGACGCUCGCGCUGGCGCCGUAUCAGUUUGCGGCCAUCCAGGCGCUUGACAGCCUCAACUGGAGGAAAUAUCCGGUGUGGAUCCACAAGCAUCGGCAUAGCCAUGCGGCAAUCAUCGUGAGGAUGGAUAAGCCUGGCUUUGAAGAGGGAAAGGUCGUGUUGAAGCAUUGGGUUACUGAGGAGUUUUUGGUGUGAGGCCGUGCAUUUCGAGAUGAGAUGGUGAGAGUAGGCGAUUGAGUUAGGAAGCGGUUAGCGUAAGUCAUGACCUGGAGUCUUGGGCCAGAGCAAAGGCGCCGGCAAGGGAGGCGUUGGGUGCUAGAUUAUUUUGGGACUGGGAGCACUCGUUGGUAUCUAGCUACAAUUAGGUAACGUUUGAUAUGUUACUAGGUGUUGUGUUUAGAUUCAGAGACUACCUAAUCUUAGAAUCCGCGGUUGAACGGUUAGGUAGUUUACGCAUACAGGAGCGACGUAGGUGCUGUGGCGACUCGAACUUGGCAGAACCCUAGAGCAGCACUUCAUGCCACUUCCUAUGUCUGCUUGUCAGCUCGCCUGCAGGCGGUCGAACUUUCUCGCAUACAUAUG